ACGCAGACGGCAGCGCGUCCUGCUGCGAUGUGAUCUGGACACGUUGCCAAAUUCCCUCCCCACCUCCAGUGAGACCACGAGCUCUGAGCACAGCACAUCAUCUUGUGCCUGUUGUUCCCCGCGUCACUUGGUACAAUAGCCAGUAUACACUUGGUGCUCCAUAAAUAACAUCUACGAUUGUUGAUCAUGGUUUUAUGUGCCCUGCCAUUUUCUCUGCCCUCUUAUUUUUAUUCAUGUGGGAGACAGAGACAGUGACACACACGCACACACACACACACACACAGAGUUCCCACUCACUGGUUUACUCUCCAGGUACUUGGAGCAAGCAGGGGGACUGAAACCAGAAGCUGGGAACCCCAUCCAGGUCUGUCACUUGGGAGGCGGGAGCCCAGUCGUUUGAGUCAUCACUGCUGAUCCCAAGGUCUGUGUUAGCUGGAAACUGGAGUCAGGAGCCAGAGGGGGUCCCGUGGCCCUGAGUCUUCAAGGAGCUGGGGUCUUCAAGGAACCUUGGGAGAAUGAAAACCCAGGCUGCCCGGCAGCUCCGCCUGCUCCAAGUGAGAAAGAAGUGGCUCCUCCCGGCCUUCAGCGCCGUCCUCUUCCUGCUGGCUGUGGUCAUGACCGGCUGCUUCUUGUGGCAGUAUCACCUCCCCAAGCUGCUGGCCGGUUCCCCGGCACCAGAGGCGACAGCUGCCCCCGUGAGCAUGUGUCCCCGGCAUCCUGACCCCGUGCCCCUGGCCCACCCCCUUCCUGUGCUCAAGGAGGCCCUGGAAAAGGUGGACCGGGUCCUGCGCCAGGCAAUGGCGGCCCCAGGCCUGGCGGCCAUGUCCGCAGUUGUCGUCCACAACGACACUGUGCUCUGGACUGGGAACUUCGGGAAGAAGAACGGCUCAGACCCCACUUCUGGGACCCCCAACGAGUACACCAUGUACCGGAUCGCCAGUGUCUCCAAGAUCUUCCCGGUUCUCAUGCUGUACCGCCUGUGGGAGCAGGGCACCGUGGCCUCCCUGGACGACCCCCUGGAGCGCUACGCCAGCACCUUCACCAUCAACAACCCGCUGGGCGUGGCAGCAGCCCCUGGGCGGCCGGAGGAGGUGGGCCCGGCCCCACGGCCUUCGCAGGUCACCCUCCGAAGGAUGGCCAGCCAGCUCUCAGGACUGCCCAGGAGGCUGCGCUCCACCUCACUGCUGUGGAAGGGCAGCACCCAGGAGGCCCUGAAGCUGCUCAAGGAGGACGUGCUGGUGGCCGACCCAGGAACCAGGUGCCAUUACAGCACGCUGGCCUUCUCGCUCCUGGCGCAUGUCCUGGCGGCCCACACCCCACAAGGGGACUACCAGCGCUGGGUCUCGGACAACGUGCUGGAGCCGCUGGGGAUGGUGGACACGGGCUUCGACCUCACGGCCCCGGUGCGCGCCCGCCUGGCCGCCGGCUUCUACGGCAGCGGGCGGCCGGCGCCGCUCUACGACCUGGGCUGGUACCGCCCGUCGGGGCAGAUGUACUCCACCCCCGCCGACCUGGCCAAGCUGGCCACUGCGCUCCUGGGCGGUGGGCCCCAGAGGCUCCUGCGGCCCGACGCCGCCAAGACGCUGCUGGCGCCGCUGCUGGCGUGCCCGGGCGCCUACUUCGCCAACGAGACGGGCACGCCGUGGGAGUUCCACGCGCAGCGGGGCUACCGCGUGGUGCGCAAGGACGGCGACCUGGAUGGCUACGCCGCCACCUUCUCGCUGGUGCCCCCGCUGCGCCUGGGCCUCGUGCUGCUGCUGGCCGGGCCGCGGCCUCCGGGACCUGACCUGGUGGCGCAGGCCUACGACGUGCUGCUGCCCGCCAUGGAGACGGCGCUGCGGCAGACCGAGCCGCCCCCGGCGCCGCCGCCCAGCGCGCGCCCCUUCGCCGGCUUCUUCACCUUCGCCAACCUGACCUUCUACGAGGUACACGCGGGGCCGGCGGGCGAGCUGCGCCUGCGCCAGUUCGGGGCGCGCGUGGAGGCGCUGGUGCCGCCCGCCUUCCGCACGCUGGCGCUGCGCCACGUGCGCGGCCGCGUCUUCCAGCUGCACGUGGCCCGCGAGUUCCCGUGCGCGGUGCCGCUCGGCGACGCCUGGCUCUCGCUGGAGGCCCAGCACGGGCAGCUGGUCAACUUCUACCCCCUGGAUGGGCACGGGCUGUCCCCGGGCUUCGAUGUGCCGGGCCUCAACACGUACCGGGUGCUGCGGCUGCAGCAGAAGCCCGGCUUCGGGGCGCAGUGACCCGGGCCGCCGGGCUUCGCAGCCUGGGGUUGGGAAGGGGGAGGCCCCGGGGAUGCCGGUGGGAGAACCCUAGCGGCUGGCCUGGCGGUCCCCAGCCGGGGCGCAGCCAGUUACACACACACACACACACACACACACGGGAGGAAGAGGUGUGUGCAGAAAUUUAGAAACAUUUAAGAGUUUUAGUGGACACCGAAACACGGAGACCAGCGUCCUUUUGUGUCUGCUGAAUCUAAGAGUACGGGCUUGUGUUUUGCCUUUAAAAAAAAAUAGACCUUCCUGAGUUAGAAUUUUCAGAAAAUGAGACGCACCCCAGGGCACAGCUGGGUGACUCGGACAGCAGCCUGCAGCGGCCCGGCCAUCAGGACGCAGACGGCUUCUUCCCACUGCUCUUCCUCUGCGGGCAGCUCCUGCAACCCCUGAUGGGCUUUCUGUCAGGAUGGAUUAGUUGCGCCUUCUAGAACGUCAUAAAAAUGGA